UUGAAUAAUUUCUUUCGUUAUAUAUUUUUGUGGUACUACAUUUUGCAGUUAAGUUAUUGCUCGUUAUUGUCGCGCUUAAAAAAUCCAUACCAGUACAGGUCUAGUAGUCCCGUUGAAAUAUUACCAGAAGAUUAUGAGGACGAAAUGAAGCAGCUAUCAAGUUCCACAGAAGCUACGGGAAGAUCAAAGUUUACAAGAAAAUUGUGGAACGACAACAAUGAAGCAAACAUUUGGAGGCCCAGCAAGAUCAUGUACAGAUCGACACAAACGUCAACAGAAUCACCGGAACCGAGCAUAGAUCUUCGCACCUGGCCGACUGUACCCUGGAUAUACCUGCAAAGUAGAAGCACCACAGAACUGUUGACCGUCUCCCCACCGACGCAGCCCAACUCUGCCUCUAGACGAAGCUGGAGGCCACACUUUCCGACAGCACAGAGAUUUACAUUUAUUAACCCGAUUUAUUGGAAUUUGGAAUCAGCACAAAGACCUUUCACUCAACAGUCACUCAAUGUUUCGAGAAACGCCACUGUCCAGACAACUUCUACAAAUCCUAAAGUCACGGAGCAAACUACGGUUUUUAAUUAUGAUUAUCAAUUAUCUGGAAACUUGACGACUUCAUAUGAAUACUAUGAUACCACGAUUGGAAAUACAGGAAUGAUGUUACGUAUAAUAUUCAAUGAUGAUACUAAAAAGGCUGUAACAGCGCGGAGAAAGAUUCACAAAGCCAGAACUGGCGCCCGAAGAUCAUCUGAUUCUCUUCCUGUGUCGUGCUACGAGUGUGGGAUAAAUCAGCCGUCAGAAGCCAACCCUCCCUGCUAUGAUGUAUUUGACAGCCCGGAUCAAAGAUACCGGAACCAUAAGAGAAAUAUGAUCACUAUGUGUUAUGAUAACUAUAUGAAUGGAUGUGUCAAAAGAUUUCUGGAUGUUGGAUCAAAAUAUCUGGAAAGAACUUGUAGAAAUAUGCCGCCAAAGGCAGGCACGGCACCCGUUAGUGGUAUAGUACAUGAGCGGUUGCGAUAUCUUGAGACUAUGCUCGAUGGGAUCAAUUCGGGCUGUGUGAUGAGCCCGUACGCGGUCGCAACGCCGUUCACGCAGCGUUGGUCCUUAUUCACACGUUAUCAUGUAUGUAUAUGUACUGGUGACUUGUGUAAUUCAGCUACCUCUUUAAGAGUUGAUUACUUAGUAGACAAGUAG